AUGGAUGAGCCGCCAACACCAACAUCGAACCCAGAAACACCAACAGCACCAGGCUCACCUCAGCAAUCGCAACAAUAUCGUGAUCCAAGGAGAGCUCCUGUCCAUUCAAUUGAGCCCAGUUACGGCCCCAGAGAAAUUGAUCCCUCCAACUUAACUCCACUCCUCCGGGACGGACCGUUUUCUUGCGCUGCACCGGGGCCCUCACAAUGCUCUGAUAGCUCCUCUCGCCCUCACCCUCACCCUCACUCUCACCUUCGCACCCCAUCCUCUCCACUAGGGACUCCGGUUCCCUCCUCUGGCAUAGGCGCGCCAAAUAAUCAUUUCCCUUCUGAGUCGCCUCGCCUGUUUGAACCAGAACCUCUUUGGCAUCGCAGAGGAAGAACUCCACAGGUUGACGAGUCUCGCCAUGUCCCGUACUCUCCAAACAUUUCAACCCAGCUAGCUCUGUCAAGGCCUAUCCGUAUUAACACCCUUCCAACCUCCACGUCGGCUACUUUACCUGCUAUCAGAACGGCCGAACCAAUACGCUCUCUCCCUUCUCUCUCAACCGUCACGUCUGCCGUUCCAGCAACGCAAAACACCCUCGACCUCGCCAACACCCCGCAUCAGCGCGAAAGCGCGACUUAUAACGCAAUGGCCUUUAACAAUCCGGCUCCAGCUCCUGUGAAUGCAGUUUCUGGUACUAAUAUUGUUGCUCAGAUUCCGAGUCCCUCGACUGUUGAGAAUUUCUGCCCUGACGCGCGUCAUAUAAUGUCAACCAGUCCGGAGUCAAUAAAGUACUGGGAGGAAAUAUUGGACUGCUGCAAUGCCGACACACGCAUAACUGUGCCGCACAUUGGGAAAAGAGAUAUAUUUGUGGUGGGAAAUGUCACUGUCAAGAGUGAUCAUCUUGAUCCAGGUGGGGGGGCUGGCUAUCAUCUGGUAGACGCGAACGAGGUCGCUGCAGUGAAACUGGUCAGAGAUGCGAUCCCGGAUAUUCAAAUACCGCAAACCUAUUUCAGCUCAAAACUCAGAGGCCACGAUAUUUUGAUUCAGUCUCGCAUUCCCGGACAGCCUCUGGAUUCUAUCUGGCCACGGCUCACAACUGAGCAAAAGGAAUCCUUUAAAAGUCAAGCCCGCGACAUAAUUAUAAGGUUACGUCGGAUAGCACCUGAUACCUUAAAAUACCCCCGAUACUUUGUCGCAGGCUCAGAAAAGGAGAGUCAACGGAGGCUAUCAGCAGAGGAGGUCCACAGCCUCUCGCCUACUGAUACCUGCGAUGACCUCGGCGUGGCCCAUAAUGAUAUGGUUAUGUCCAAUAUCAUUGUAGACAAUGAUAAAAUAACUGGUCUGAUCGGGUGGUCUAAUGCUGGUUACUUCAAUUGGAGAACCGUGAGCAGAAUCCAUGCAAAAGUUAGAUGCAUAGAUUCCGAGACAAAUGCACCCAUCCCGGAGUGUCAUGAAACAAAGGUCCAAUGGCAUGACCUCUAUGAACAUCCACAAAUACCAAAACGGCUAGAAAAUAAUGAAGGUGCUACUCCUAAAGUGUCUACGCCGACGAUGGAUCUGAAUCCGAUGAUUCCAUCCGAAGAGGGCUCGUCACAGACACCUGCUCUCACUCCCAAAAAGGUGGCAGAUAUGAAACGAAGCUCCGUAUCGCGGGCUUCUUCGGUUGACCGUUCAUCACCAGCUCCAUCAGUAAAUUCUCAACCAACCACAAAAAAGAAAGGCUCUACUGCCGCUGCUAUCAAAAAAGGGACAGCCAAACGAGCACCGGCAGCGAACAAGAAACGAAAAAUAAAUGAGCUUGGAGAUGUGGAAGAUGUAUCUUCUGCAAAAGCUUCUCCACUAAGCAAGUCGUCAGCUCAGAGGAAUAAAAAACAGGACUCUCAAUCAGCUGCUGGUUCACCCGCUCCUGAGCAAAAGGGACCUAAGAAGGCGCGUUUACGGCGUGGCAAGUUAAACUCUGACGACGAUGAUGAGGACAAUGAUGAAUCUGCCUUGUUUUGCAUCUGUCGUAAACCAGAUAACCAUACCUGGAUGAUUGCAUGCGAUGGAGGUUGCGAAGAUUGGUUCCAUGGCAGAUGUAUGAAAAUUGAUCCAAAAGACGCGGAUUUGAUUGAUAAGUAUAUUUGCCCAACUUGUGAAACCAAAAGCCCUCUACGCACAACCUGGAAGCCUAUGUGUCGUCUUCGGGAAUGUCGCCAGCCAGCUCGAGUUGAUACAAAACCACCAAGCAAAUAUUGUUGUGACCAACAUGGAAUAGACUAUAUGAAACAAGCAAUGUCUCGUGGCUCAAGGCAACCUAGGCCCAGUACUAAUGAACAGGGCAGUCAAAACGAGGCCAGCAGAGGCGGAAUACUAAACCUGGGAGACCUCAAGUCCGUCGUUUCUAAGGUAGGCUCGGCCGACCAAUUUCGGAAGCUUGGGGCCAGUCCGCUAUCAGCUCAGCAGGAGGAAGUUCAAGCUCGACUUUCAGAUGCUAUGGCUGCUCCCGGCCCGAGCCAGAACAGUCCACAGUCCAAAGACGUAGAUUUUGAAUCGGAGGCUGAUAAAGUUGCAUUCUCAUCCAGCGAACGCCAACGACUUAACCAGCUUCGAAUGGAGAAAUUGAAGCUCGACAACCGCAAGGAGAUGCUCCAAGCCCGAGAUAACUUCAUCAUUAUUGCUAAACAAAGAGUUAAGCACGCAUUUGACCGCCUCAAAGCUCAUGGAUCCAUUGGCAAUUUACAACUCAAGGACCUCUGUGGCUUUGAUAACCGAUUCUCUCUCUCUGACGAAGAAUUCGAUGAAUGGCGCAAAUCUGACAAGGGUGCUCUAUUGCUUGCUGAAAUUACCAACCAAGACAAUUCCGGAGAAGCUAGCACUCAAUUGAAAAAUGCGGUCGAUGCUGAAACAAUUGAAGAGCUUCUCCAGACACUAUGCUUGAAAAAGCGCUGCGAGCGCCAUAAACAGUGGACUAAAGUUAUGCAACAGGAAGUGUUAUUUGAACAAUCAAUUUUGAAGGAACAGUCCGAUAAAUGUCACAGGGAUGCUGAGGAGCUAGUCAGAAAAGCCGUUCUUAGGAUGUUCAGCAGCGAGAACUAA